UGUUUUUACUAAGCUUCAAGGCCCUUUCUGAACGCUCCAUGCUGCCCAGCGCCUCGCAGGAGGGACCCGGCUACAGAGCAGGAGUGGCGGCACCUGACUUGCUGGAUCCUAAAUCUGCCACUCAGAACUCCAAACCAAGGCUCUCAUUUUCUACGAAACCCACGGUGCUUUCUUCGCGGGUGGAGAGUGACACAACGAUUAAUGUUAUGAAAUGGAAGACGGUCUCCACGAUUUUCCUGGUGGUCGUCCUCUACCUGAUCAUUGGAGCCACUGUGUUCAAAGCCCUGGAGCAGCCUCAUGAAAGUUCCCAGAGGACCACCAUUGUGAAUCAGAAACAAGUGUUCAUAUCCCAACACUCCUGCGUGAAUGCGACUGAGCUGGACGAACUCAUCCAGCAAAUAGUGGCAGCAAUAAAUGCAGGAAUUAUACCUUUAGGAAACACCUCCAAUCAAAUCAGUCACUGGGAUUUGGGAAGUUCCUUCUUCUUUGCUGGCACUGUUAUUACCACCAUAGGGUUUGGAAACAUCUCACCACGGACACAAGGUGGAAAGAUCUUCUGCAUCAUCUAUGCCUUAUUGGGAAUUCCCCUUUUUGGUUUUCUAUUGGCUGGAGUUGGAGAUCAACUAGGGACGAUAUUUGGAAAAGGAAUUGCCAAAGUAGAAGACACAUUUAUUAAGAGGAAUGUGAGUCAGACCAAGAUUCGCAUCAUAUCAACAAUACUAUUCAUAUUGUUUGGCUGUGUGCUGUUUGUUGCUCUGCCCGCAGUCAUAUUCAAGCACAUAGAAGGCUGGAGCACUCUGGAUGCAAUUUAUUUUGUGGUCAUCACUCUAACUACCAUUGGAUUUGGUGACUAUGUGGCAGGAGGAUCAGAUAUUGAAUACCUAGAUUUCUAUAAACCCGUGGUGUGGUUCUGGAUCCUUGUAGGACUUGCUUACUUCGCUGCCGUUCUGAGUAUGAUUGGAGAUUGGCUCCGUGUCAUAUCGAAAAAGACGAAAGAAGAGGUGGGAGAAUUCAGAGCUCAUGCGGCAGAGUGGACAGCCAAUGUUACAGCAGAGUUCAAAGAGACCCGACGGCGCCUGAGUGUCGAGAUUUACGACAAGUUUCAGAGAGCCACCUCCAUUAAAAGGAAGCUCUCGGCAGAACUGGCAGUGAACCACAAUCAGGAGCUGACUCCCUGCAAGAGGACGCUUUCGGUGAAUCACCUGACCAGCGACAAGGACAUGUUGCCGCCGCUCACAAAGACUGACAGUAUUUAUCUGAACGGUUUGACGCCACACUGUGCAGUGGAAGAGAUCGCAGUCAUUGAAAAUAUUAAGUAGCGCUGUCUUUGGGAAGCCGUCAGCUGACCCGUGGGCCAUAUACUUUGCUCUGUGUGACUGAUGCCGUUAGCAUUUUUUAAAUGUGCAUGAGCUCCAAAGAGAAAAAAGCCUCGGCCGCCGCCACCGCUCCCACCACCGCCACAAAACCUUGGGACUGUGAGCCUGCACUGUCUUUUCGAAGAUACUUUUGAAUGGUACCAUUCUCAUGUUGAGGUGGUGAAACAAAUAAUGUCUGAUGCCUUUUUGUGCCCAGACUGUUUUUCUUUUCCCUUUUUUUUCCUAAUGUGCCAUAAGGCCCAAGAAUGAAUUAUAAUUGUUUAUGCUAAUAAUGUAGCUUUGAGGGAUAAAUCCUUAACUUUUCAGGGUCUACCUAACUGAGCCUAGACAUGGACCAUUUCUGGAUGACAACAUUUUUUUGUAAAUGGCAAGAAAUUCUUAUGCAGCCUUUUACCUAAGAAAUUUUUGUCAGUGCCUUAUCUUACGAAGAAACAGAACCUCUCCAGUUGCCCGGUUUUGCCCAUCUCCCCUGUCCACCCUUAAGCCUCUCCAGUCCUCCUCUUCUCCCAGCCCUCUGCAAGUGCACCAAAUUCAUUUGGCCUUUCAGAUUGCUGAAAAUGGUAUGGAAAAAUGACUGGAGUGAAGAUACCUGAAUAAAGGACGGAUGCCAAACUCAAUGGAUACUGGAACAACCCUCCUCAAAUCCUAGGUCGACAGGCCCUGCAGUUAAAAGAGGGAUGAAAACAACCACUGAGAAAUAUCUGUUUUACUCAGGACCAGAGAAUCCACAUCCCCAAUGGAAUUACAAUCAGGCCUAUGAAAUCUGUACUCCAUGGCAGGUCUUACAUAUCGUGGCAGUGGUCAGCAAUUUACCCCAUUCUUUACCAGGUGUAUCCCAAAACAAGGAAAGAAAACUGGCACAUAACUAAAUUAUUUGAUAGCUGAAAACAACCCCCAAAAUCCCUAAUGUUAUUAAAACCAAUUUGGAUUAACCAUCAUAACAAGAGACUACGGCAAAGUGUUAUUGUAGUAAAUGCUAAUAAGCAUCCUACUGCAGCAUCUGUCUGUUGCUUUGGCACAUGAAAGUGUUCUGCAUGUUUUGUUAGACCAUCCCUCUCAAGCCAGAAACAGUGUUUAGAACAAUGUAGCAGUGUUGGGCUGUGGUACGGUUGCGUCCGGUGGAGCUGUGGUAGAAAUGAAAGCAGAAGUUCAAAGCGGCAGCACUUCUUUCCAAGCUGAAAAUGUGGAAAGUGGGCUUGUCAUCUCUGUCCUGACAAAGAUAGCUGUUAGAGCACAAUUGCAAUGUUGAGCACCCUUCAGAUAGGAAAGGUUAAUAUUCAGAGUUAAGAAGUAUUUUCAGAUUAAUUUUGUAUCCUCUAGUUUCGAGGAUAUUUCUAAGCAGCAGAAAAAUCCAGCAGGGUACCCUAUAGAUGGAGAACAUUACCUUUAUUUUCCUAUUCUAAAUUAGUGUACAAUAUUUUUGAAUACCAUUCAAAAUUAUACAAAAGUAAAAUGACUUCUAGUGAAAAAUAGAGACCCCCACCCCACCCCCUUAAAAGUGGGAAAAAUGAAGCAUGGAUUUGGACCGUGUGAAAAGAAGCAUUCCUACUAUUCUUCUGAUGCAGUUGUUUUUAAAAUAGUCAAUUGGAAUUAAAGUAUUAGGAAUGUUUGCAGAACUAUUGAAACUUGACAUGUACAUACCAUACUUAGCUUGCUGAGGAGGACUGUUAUAAAAUGAGGAAAAAAACACACCAUCUUGUCAGGCCAGGCUCUUUUAAGAAAGAAAGCUACACCUAUUUCCUCAAUAACUGUGUUCUCAAAGUUCAUAUGGUGAGAUGAAUCUCUUGCCAUGUAUAAACUGUGAAUUGU